GUGAAUGUAUGGGUGUGAUUCAUUCAUGAAUCAUGGUCACUCACAUCACAUGCCGAGUGUUUUCCAGCAAAUAAGCAACGAUCGAGAACGUUUUUUUUUUUUACAUAUGACGAUCUGAGACUGCGAGGAUAGUCUAAGAUACAUCGACACACACGGGUUCCCCUAGAAACAGGUCUCUUAUGUCUUGCUUGUCUGGUAGUACUGUACUGAGCCUUCAACACUUGGGACAGUUAAGUGAUAAGUGACUGCUGUGGAAACAAAUAAUUUAAGAGUAAUAAGUAAGAUAAUAAUUUUGUGAAACUGGAGAAAACAUCUGGCAUUGCUGGUGAAGCAGUGGAAAUGGAUCAAGGUUACAGUGCUAGAGAGAUGGAGAACACUGAUGCUGAAGUUGUAGGGACCACUGGAGUACUACAUCCUCAGGAGGGUACAUCUCAGCAGGACCAGGAGGGUACAUCUCAGCAAGAUGAGGAGGGUGCAUUGCAGCAGGACCAAGAGGGUACAUCUCAGCAGGAUCAAAAGAGUACAUCUCAGCAUGAUGAGGACACUCUAUCAUGUAACAGGCUUGAUCUUCAUUGUGACAAUUUGGGUACAGUUGACUCACAGACUAAAGACACCAGUGAUGCCUGGAAUCGAGGCUUUGGAUAUCCUGUGAUUUGCCAGGUCAGGGCAAGUGCAACUCUGUCAGUUGGUCCCCAGUCUCCGAACUACAAUAUGAAACACGACUACAGGGGACUCGCACUUAUUAUUGCCUAUGAGAACUUUAAGUAUGGAAGACCUCCAAGGCGUGACUGUGCCAAGUAUGAUGUACAGAUUUGCAAAAAGGCUUUUUCACAUCUUCGUUUUGAGGUUAAAGAAUACUGGCAUGAAGAGAAAAGUUCUUUGUUAGAAAUAUUAAAACAAGUUAGUAAAGAAGACCACAGCAAUCGUGAUGCACUGGCAGUGGUGUUCAUGAGUCAUGGAGGUGUUGAUGAAAAAACCAACAAGGAGUUUGUCAAUACAUAUGAUGACAAAAUGAAUACAUCAGAAUUAUGGAAGUACUUUACUGCUGAGAAAUGUCCUUCUCUUGCUGGAAAACCAAAGAUGUUUUUCAUUCAGGCCUGUCGAGGAGAGGAAACUGACAAAGGUAUUCAACUAAAGAGCAAAAGGAGGGGAAUGCCCAUACAAACAGAUUCUGUUCAAGGACUUAGAGAGGAAGACUAUGUUAUCCCACUUCAUGCUGAUAUGCUUAUCAUGUGGGCUUCUUAUCCUGGAAUGUUUGCCUUCAAGUCUAAAAACAAUGGGAUGCAUGGCAGUGUGUUUCUGCAUUACCUAUCUCAAGUUUUUUCAUCUAAAGAUGCUUUUAAAGAUGACUUGGCCACAAUGCUCCUUUGUGUUACACGACUCGUUGCCACAGACUAUGAAUCAUAUAACCCAAAUGAUAGGAUGCUUCAUCAAAACAAGCAAAUUCCCUACACAACAUCAACACUCAUGCGUAAAAUCUACUUCUUUGAAGAAUAAUGAUUUGAGAUCAUCAAAAUCUAGUCUAUACCAGAGGCAGAUCCAGGGGAAAGUUCCUGGGGGUCCAGACCCCCCUUUUCAUCAGAAAAAUCCAAUACUUUUUCUUUAAUGCAAUAUUGUACUCAGGCAUUUUUGUAUAGCAAACAUUAUUUACUAUU